CCUUGUAAUUAGAGAAGAGUGAACAUCAACCUCAGGAGAGCUCCGCCCUCCUUAUUUCCCAAUCGCUCCAUUACUCUAACCACCUCCUUCAUUCCUUCCUCCACUCCCUCUUUUCCAGCAUCAAAUCGACUCACCAUCACUCCACGGACCAGAUGUCGCGCAAGGGUGUAUCCAGCUCAAAGUUCGGCCAUCUCUUUGGUGACACCAGCGAUAGCUCCUCGACGUCAAGCAACCAGAGUCGCCUUUCAGGAACGGGAGAUCUCUACAGGGAUCCCUUAGCUGCACUGCUCCCACCUGUUACCGCAACCACUACCACGACACGCGGAGGAGCGACUACAGUCAAGGCUACACUCUCACCCCCUUCUUCGACUACCUCUGCAUCUUCAGCAACAGCAGCAGCAUCUUCCCGAGGCUCUCCUCCAGGGUCGGGUCCUAACUCUCGCAGUUCCUCCCGCGUACAGCACCAUGCACUCUUCUCCUCGCUAGCUGGUGACACCGGAUCGUCCCUGUUCGACUCUGCAGCCCCAGCUUCUGCAACAUUGUCGGCCGCGAAACGAGACCUGUUGUUUGGAGAAGGCACUUCAACUAGUUCAUCAGCCAGGAGAACAUCCACGCCUCCAUUAUCCAGGAAUAAUCAAUCUGGAACUGCGUCGUCCUCACAGCAAUCCUCUCGAGUGUCCACACCGCCUCUUGGGGUCCGUAUUGUAACCGCCACGACAUUGGACACUGGCGCCUCACCAUUAGGGGGACCGCUCGAGGAUAACAGCAAAUUACAGGGUAAAGAUGAUGAUAUCCUCUCCAUCAGGUCGCCUCUAUCGACGGCGCCUCUGACGCGUACUAACAGCCAGGCGAGUAUCAAGAGCCAUGAGAGUGUCAAGAGCAGCAGGAGUGCGCAAAGUCAGGAGACAGCUGAGGACGCGCAAGCGAGCACGCUCAGGAAUGCAAACGUGAAACCCUCGGCGACGGUCUCAAGUGGACCAGCACUGUUAUCUUCAGCACGCUCGGCAGCCACUGCAAGGAAGACCACGAGCGUGGACCAACCAUCCAAGCAAUCUGAGGCGACGACACCGUCGGCAGCAGAUCCAAUUUUCAACCCUUUGACCUAUCGAUCUCAAUCUCCAUCUCAGCCCACGCCAUCGGCAUCAUCACCAUCGAGCAUAUCGUCCCAAUCGAUCGAAACAUUUCAAUCUAUCUCUCGGACGUCCUCACCGGCCGCCAUUGUCCCUCCGCCGCCUAUGAGUAAAAGCGGGUUCGAGCGAGAAAACGACUAUAUGUCUCCACCACCGGUCUCGCGAUCGAGGAUACCCGUGAAUGUAGCUAUUAUGGAUGAUGCAGCAGAGGCGUUUGCAAAGGAUCUUUUGUUCACGGCUGAGCCAGCUCAGCCUACCAUCUCGACCAGCACCCUUCAAUCAUCCAGCUUCUUAGACUCUGGAUUCAGCAGUUCUCGAACGGCAGCGGCUUCCUCUUCCACUAGUCCCAUGGAUGAGACAUUCACAGCCACAACAAUAUCGACCAUAACGUUACCUGUCAUCAAAUCUGGAGUCGGCGCAGGGACAGUGGGGCAGGCCAAAUCGCUUUCUGGAUUUUCGCUAGGAGAGGAUGUGGCGGACAGUUCGAAUCCAUGGAUGAACACGCUUGCGGAUUCGCUGGAGCAGACAAAGCUGGCCAGGGAAAAUCCCAGGAUCGACUAUACCCAAUCGGACGCCGGUCCCGGUUUUGCACCGGAGGCCGCGUUUACGUCGACUAUGACUGCCAUUGGUACUGCCGGCGCGGACGCGACGGCAAUCACCACUACGAGUACGACGACGACGACGACGACUCGCUCUAUUUCAAGAAUACCCAUACCAUCGCUGGAGGAUGACAUUGGCGGUUUUGACGACGUGUUUUCGUCGCUGGGAUCCAGCAAGCGCGGUGGCAGCAGCAAUACAGGAUCUUCGCGUGUAGCGCCAGCGCAAGAACCCAUGUCGAGGUCACCGCCUGUCAGUAAUGUCUCGAGUCUGACAGCAAGGAACUGGAAUGUAUUGGAUGCGGUUGAGGCGGCGGUGCAGGAUCCGGAUUUCCUGGGACCAACGUCGCUGGCAAGCCAGAGCACGGAUAAAGUGCUGGCGAUUAUGCAGAUGCCUAAGGAUGCUCUCGAUAAGGAUGUUUCGGCUCAGGAAGUCUUUGAUAAUCCAUGGGAAUAGCGAGU